UUGUAUAUUCAAUUAGAUCAACAUGAAAGUUUUUGUGCAAUUCGUGGCUGUAUGCUUGCUCGUGCAAUUGGCCGUUGCUGCCAAGGGUCCAGUAGCAGAACCGGUUUGUGAUGUAGUUUGUCCGGAAACAUUCCCCAUUGAGGAAAACUGGCACUUGCCAUACACUGGUGAUUGCUCCAAGUUUUGCCAUUGCGCCAACGACGGAAACUGGAAGAAGGAUUGCCCUGCUGGUCUUCACUUUAACGCAGAACUUCAGGUAUGCGAUUGGCCCGCUAGCGCCGGUUGCGAAUCUGGUUCUGCUCCAACAACCACAACCACUUCUGCCCCUACCACUACUCAAACUACUGUUAAACCUACAGAAAAACCAACAGAAAAACCAACCGAAAAGCCAACUGCAGCACCUACCACCGUUCCUAACAACAUUUGCAAUAAUGUUUGCCCUGACGUGUUCCCAAUCGAAGAAAACAAUCACUUGCCUUACCCAGGGGAUUGCACCAAGUUCUGCCACUGCGCCAACGAUGGAAAUCACGAGAAGGAUUGCCCAGAUGGACUUCAUUUCAACGCCGAGCUUCAAGUUUGUGAUUGGCCCAAUAGCGCAGGUUGCGAAUCUACUCCUGCUCCAACCGAAAAACCUACAGAAAAGCCAACUGAAAAGCCAACCGAGAAGCCAACCGAAAAACCAACUGAAAAGCCAACCGAGAAACCAACCGAGAAACCUACUGAAAAACCAACCGAAAAACCAACCGAAAAACCAACUGAAAAGCCAACCGAGAAACCAACUGAGAAGCCGACCGAAAAGCCAACCGAAAAACCAACCGAGAAGCCGACCGAGAAACCCACUGUAGCACCAACCACCAUUCCUAACAACAUUUGCGAUGAUGUUUGCCCUAACGUGUUCCCUAUCACCCACAAUAAUCACUUACCCUACCCUGGUGAUUGCACCAAAUUCUGCCACUGCGCCAACGAUGGAAACCACGAGAAAGUGUGCCCCGAUGGACUUCAUUUCAACCCCGAACUUGAAGUAUGCGAUUGGCCACACUCUGCCGGUUGUGAUGCUAGCGCAACAACAUCCAGUACUGCAGCUCCACCUACUAAACCAAUUGGCUGUGAAAAUGUAGUCUGUGGUAUUGACGAAUGUUCCGACGAGCCAAACACCGCUGACUGCCAAGCCUAUUGCGAGUGCAAUCACGGCGUAAUCACUAUUAAAGAAUGCUCCGAAGGUCUGCAUUUCAAUCCCGUCACUAAGGACUGUGAUUUCCCAGAAAAUGCUCAAUGUGAACCAACCAUCCCACCAAAUGGUUGCGAACAUGUUGUAUGCAACAAAGACGACUGCUAUAAAACUUCCAACACAUUGGACUGCAAUCUAUACUGCGACUGUGAUCAUGGCAACGUUACCAUUGCGCAAUGCGCCGCUGAACUUCAUUUCAAUGAUGAAACUGAUGUCUGCGACUUCCCCUGGAGUGCAAACUGUGAAAUAACUGGUCCUACCCCAAGCACUGAAAAACCCACAACUCCUGCUGCUCCUUCCCAGCUUUGCGACAACAUCUGCCCUGAUGUUUUCCCUAUCGUUGAGAAUAACCAUCUGUUCCCAGGAGAUUGCACCAAGUUCUGCCAUUGCGCUAACGAUGGAAAUUGGUUGAAGGAUUGCCCAGCUGGACUUCAUUUCAACUCCAAACUGCAAGUUUGCGACUGGCCCAGUGCUGCAGGUUGCGAAUGCAGUAAACAUUUUUUUGUGCAAUUCGUGGCUGCAUGCUUACUCGUGCAAUUGGCCGUUGCUGCCAAGGGUCCAGUGGCCGAACCCGUUUGUGAUGUAGUUUGUCCUGAAACAUUCCCCAUUGAGGAAAACUGGCAUUUGCCAUACACUGGUGAUUGCUCCAAGUUUUGCCAUUGCGCCAACGACGGAAACUGGAAGAAGGACUGUCCUGCUGGUUUGCACUUUAACGCAGAACUUCAGGUAUGCGAUUGGCCCGCUAGCGCCGGUUGCGAAUCCGGUUCUGCUCCAACUACAACAACCACUUCCGCCCCUACCACUACUCAAACAACUGUUAAACCAACCGAAAAGCCUACUGCAGCACCUACCACCGUUCCUAGCAGCAUUUGCAAUAGUGUUUGCCCUGACGUAUUCCCCAUCGAGGAAAACAAUCACUUGCCUUUCCCAGGUGAUUGCACCAAGUUCUGCCACUGUGCCAACGAUGGAAAUCACGAGAAGGAUUGCCCUGCUGGUCUGCAUUUUAACGCAGAACUUCAAGUUUGCGAUUGGCCCGCUAGUGCCGGUUGCGAAUCUGGUUCUGCUCCAACAACCACAACUACUUCUGCCCCUACCACUGCUCAAACCACUGUUAAACCAACUGAAAAACCAACUGAAAAACCAACCGAAAAACCCACUGCAGCCCCUACUACCACUCCUAGUUCCAUUUGCAAUGAUGUUUGCCCUGACGUGUUCCCCAUCGAAGAAAACAAUCACUUGCCUUUCCCCGGUGAUUGCACCAAGUUCUGCCACUGCGCCAAUGAUGGAAACCACGAAAAGGAUUGCCCAGAUGGACUUCAUUUCAAUUCCGAGCUUCAAGUUUGUGAUUGGCCCAAUAGCGCAGGUUGCGAAUCUACUCCUGCUCCAACCGAAAAACCUACAGAAAAACCCACUCAGAAGCCAACCGAGAAACCAACUGAAAAACCCACUGAAAAACCAACUGAAAAACCAACAGAAAAACCAACCGAGAAGCCCACUGUAGCUCCUACCACCACUCCUAGUUCCAUUUGCAAUGAUGUUUGCCCUGACGUCUUCCCCAUCGAAGACAACAACCAUUUACCUUACCCCGGUGAUUGCACAAAGUUCUGCCACUGCGCCAACGACGGAAAUCACGAGAAGGACUGCCCAGAUGGACUUCAUUUUAACCCCGAGCUUCAAGUUUGCGACUGGCCCAAUAGCGCAGGUUGCGAAUCUACUUCUGCUCCAACCACAUCAUCCCCAACCACUUCUGCCCCCACUACUGCUUCAACUACUGUUAAACCAACCGAAAAACCUACAGAAAAACCCACUGAGAAACCAACUGAAAAACCAACCGAGAAACCAACUGAGAAACCAACGGAAAAACCUACUGAAAAGCCAACCGAGAAACCAACGGAAAAACCUACUGAAAAGCCAACUGAGAAACCAACGGAAAAACCAACUGAAAAACCAACCGAGAAGCCAACCGAGAAACCUACUGAAAAACCUACCGAAAAGCCCACUGUAGCACCUACCACCAUUCCAAGCAACAUUUGCGAUGAUGUUUGCCCUGACGUGUACCCCAUCACCCAUAACAAUCACUUGCCCUACCCUGGUGAUUGCACCAAAUUCUGCCACUGCGCCAAUGAUGGAAAUCACGAGAAGGUUUGCCCAGAUGGACUUCAUUUCAACCCCGAACUUGAGGUAUGCGAUUGGCCACACUCCGCCGGUUGUGACAGUAACGCAACAACAACCAGUACUGCAGCUCCACCCACUAAACCAAUUGGCUGUGAAAAUGUAAUCUGUGGCAUUGACGAAUGUUCCGACGAGCCAAACACAGCUGACUGCCAAGCCUAUUGCGAGUGCAAUCACGGCGUAAUCACUAUUAAAGAAUGCUCCGAAGGUCUGCAUUUCAAUCCCGCCACUAAGGACUGUGAUUUCCCAGAAAAUGCUCAAUGUGAACCAGCCAUCCCACCAAAUGGUUGCGAACAUGUUGUAUGCAACAAAGACGACUGCUAUAAAACUUCCAACACUUUGGACUGCAAUCUAUACUGCGACUGUGAUCAUGGCAACGUUACCAUUGCGCAAUGCGCCGCUGAACUUCAUUUCAACGAUGAAACUGACGUCUGCGACUUCCCCUGGAGUGCAAACUGCGAAGUAACUGGUCCUACUCCAAGCACUGAAAGACCGACAACUCCUUCUGCUCCUUCCCAGCUUUGCGACAACAUCUGCCCUGAUGUUUUCCCUAUCGUUGAGAAUAACCAUCUGUUCCCAGGAGAUUGCACCAAGUUCUGCCAUUGCGCUAACGACGGUAAUUGGUUGAAGGAUUGCCCAGCUGGACUUCAUUUCAACUCCAAACUGCAAGUUUGCGACUGGCCCAAUGCUGCAGGUUGCGAAUAAAUAACACAUAAAAUAUUCCCAUUGUAUAUCAUAUU